CUAGUCUGCAGUCUGUUUGUGAAACCGGCGCGAUUAGCGAUUACUUUUUCAAUUUUCACGAAAUCAUCGUAAAUAUAAUAUAUAAACUACAAAGAUGGCGGCGGCAAUGCCUAUUAACCCAAAGCCCUUCCUGAACAGCCUAACAGGAAAGGCAGUUUUAGUCAAACUAAAAUGGGGACACGAAUAUAAAGGACUUCUGGUUUCUGCUGAUGGUUACAUGAACUUACAGCUCGCUAAUACAGAAGAAAUUGUUGAUGGAUCUUGUACAGGUAAUCUUGGAGAAGUCCUAAUUAGAUGUAACAAUGUUCUCUAUGUAAGAGGGGCUGAAGAAGAAGAUGAAGAAGGGGAAAUGAAAGAAUGAAUUUAAUAUUACUAUCUGUAUGUCACUAAUAAAACCUUAUGACUAAUUGGUUUGAAUCCAAUGAAUUCGGACAGAUUUGAGGGGCAUUCAAAAGCGCACCACACUGCCAAAUACUGUAAUCUCUCUUUGGCUGAUAUAGAGCAUCAAAGGCAAAAUCUGAUUCUGAUUAAAGUCAAAGAAUGCUCUAUAGAUUUGAGCCUCAAUGCCUUAGUAAAUAUUAAGUGGCUGGUUUGUUGAAUUUGGAUCAUACAACAAAUGCCACAAAACAGUCACAUAACAUUUAGGAGCUAGGACACUAAAACUAGAAUUUAAAGUCAAGAUUAAGGGAUUCUUUAGAGGUCCAUUAGGACAACAUGUCAUUUCAACCUCAAUGCAUUGCCUAAAGGUUGAAUAUGACACAUAUCCCUUACAAAUAAGAAAAUGAUUUAGGAGUGUACCAUACCAUUUCUAUUUAGAAAAUCUAUCAAAAUUUACAAGUGACAUACUGUAUAUUUAAAUUAAUAAAAAAUAUAGAUAAGGUACUUUAAGCUAUCAGAUAAGUUUCUAAGAAUAUGUUCAAUGUGAUUCUUUCACUAGGUAAUAUAAGGUAAACAUAC